GGUAAUGCUUCGAAACCUACUUUUGCUUGCCGUUCUGGCUGCAGUUGCAUUAGCUAUAAUCCCUAAUCAUUAUCAUUUCAAAGAGCAUCUCAAUAAAGGUGCUCGCAAAAAUGGAAAUAUUGAUGCAAGUAUUACCGCUGGGUAUAUGCUUCAAAGUUUGGAUCAUUUCAUUGGAAAUGCUUCUGGAACGUUUUCUCAAAGAUAUUUCUACACUCAACAGUACACUUUACAUCAGAGGACUGCAUUCUUGUACGUAUCGGCAGAUGGAGUAGAAGAAGCAGCUGUCAUUUCUGAUGAAAGAAAUCCAAUUGUGAAGACUGCAAAACAGUUUGGAGCAACCAUUUUCUCAUUGGAGCACAGAUAUUAUGGACAGUCAAGACCAAACUUCGACAAGUUUGAUGCACAAAAUCUCCGUCAUCUCAAUUCCCUCCAAGCUAUUCUGGAUAUUAUUUCCUUCAUAAAGUCUGUUAAUGUUCAAUUCAACAUGGAUCCUGAUGUCAGAUGGGUUCUCUGGGGAGCCGGCUACGGUGGUAUUCUUGCCGCUGAGGCAAGAAAAUGGGAUCCUGUAACAAUUUCUGGAGUGAUCGCCAGUUCAUCUCCACUCACUCAUUUAUAUGAUUUUUGGCAAUUCAAUGAUCAAGUGGCAACCACAUUUUCUCAAGUUGGUGGUGGUCUCUGUUACAACAAGGUUCGCCAAGGAUUUGCGGAUAUUCGUCAAGCUAUGAGAACACCAGAAGGUAGAAGAAAUGUGUCUUCUUUGUUCCAAUUGAAUCCACGACUCGACCAGACUCCACUCAAUUACAAUGACGUGCAGAUUUUCUAUUUGUUAAUUAUUGCACCAUUCCAGCAAAUUGUUCAAUUUAAUAAUGAUUUCAAUAUCUCUAUUUCCGACAUGUGCACAACAAUUGACAAAAGUACCUGGACGAAUAUGGAAGUUGUUCGUCAAGCGUAUGUCUACUUGAGUACUACCAUAACUGGCUCCGUUCAACCAAUGGUUACAUCUUAUCAAACUAUUGUUAAUGAUCUUGGAAAUCAAAGCGCUUCUUCACCAUAUCUCGAUCAACGUAUGUGGCAAUACCAAACUUGCACUGAAUUCGGAUGGUUCUACACUACAAAUAACAAUGAAAACGGGCUAUUUGGAGCAGUCGUGCCUGGAAGUUUAUUCCUCAAUCAGUGCUUUGAUAUAUUCCCUGAUGCCAAUCUCACUGCUACUUCUAUUCGAGACUUGGUCAUUGAAUAUAAUAACUACUAUGGAUCUGCUUUCGAUUAUUCUGGAACAAAUGCAGUUUUCACCAACGGACUUCUUGAUCCAUGGACUAUCCUUGGAAAAAAGUCAACUGGAGACUUCUCUGUUGUUCCAUAUAUAAUUCCAGGAGCUUCAUUUGCCAGUGACAUGUUCCCGGGAGACACUAACAAUUCAUUCAUUAUUCAUGCUCAUGCUUUGAUGGCUGAGAAUAUUAAUGUUUGGGUGAAUGGUCCAAGGAAUCCAAAAACUUUUGUGAACACUACCAUUCCAUGGACUCGUCCUCAAUCGGCUCAAUCUGUAAAUCUCCGUGAGAGUGUAUUGAAGCAAGAAAUUGAAUCCAGGUUUUCAAAACUUGGUGAUGAUGUUCCAUCUAAGAAGACUUUUCCCGAACCAAAAUUCAAGAAAGUCUUUCUCGGAAGACCACCACAUGGAUUCCUCCCAGAACCAGAUUAUGAACUCAAGGAAGACGCCUAUCCACCAGGUUUCGAACAGGGAACUUUCCGACAGAGACAAGAUCAUUUCGAUAACCAAAACGCCGAUUUCUUCCAACAGAAAUUCUUCAAAAACGCACAAUGGGCCAAACAAGGAGGCCCAAAUUUCUUAAUGAUUGGAGGAGAAGGACCAGAGAGUGCCAGAUGGGUGUUAAAUGAGAAUAUCACUUAUUUGACAUGGGCUAAGAAGUAUGGAGCAACUGUUUACCUUUUGGAGCACAGAUUCUAUGGAGACAGUGUUGUUGGAGAUAACACAAAUUUCAAGCUUCUGAAUUCUCUUCAAAUGCUAUAUGAUCUCGCUGAAUUUAUCAAGGCCGUGAAUAUCAGAACAGGAACUUCAAAUCCUUGGAUUACAUUUGGAGGAUCUUAUUCUGGAGCCAUGUCCGCUUGGAUGAGAGAAGUAUUCCCCGAUCUUGUAGUCGGAGCCGUUGCUUCAUCAGGACCAGUUUAUGCGAAAACAGAUUUCUAUGAGUAUUUGAUGGUUGUAGAGAACUCUGUUCGUAGGUACAAUUCUAAGUGUGCUGAUAAUAUUCAAUCUGGAUUCGAUGCUAUUCGAACACUGUUUCUGACAAAAGAAGGACGUCAAAAUCUUUCAAGCAUCUUCCAAUUGCAACCACCAUUUUCUGAUAGUGUUACUGAUACUGACCAGCAUUACUUCUUCUCAAAUGUAUAUGGAAACUUCCAAGGAGCUGUCCAAUAUUCUGGAGACAACACUGGCCCAUAUGCAAACGGAUAUGGAAUUCCUGAUAUGUGCAAGAUUAUGUCAAAUGACUCUAACACUCCAUUGAAUAAUAUUGUUGCAUUCAAUCAGUUUAUGAUUAUUUUCUACAACGGAGGACAAUACACAGGAAUGGAUAAUAACUAUCAGAACAUGAUUACUUAUUUGAAAACUGCUCAACAUUAUGGACCGGACUCUGCUGCAGGACUCCUCUGGACUUGGCAGACUUGCUCCGAAUUUGGAUAUUUCCAGUCUGCAGACUCUGGAAAUGGUAUCUUUGGAUCUCCAACACCUGUGAAUAUGUACGUUCAAAUGUGCAUGGACGUCUUUAACAACCAAUACCAGAGAACAAGUAUUGACUAUUCAAUUGCAAACACCAAUUACAAAUACGGAGAGCGUUUCCAUUAUAGAGGAACAAAUGUGGUUCUUCCAAAUGGAAAUGUUGAUCCUUGGCAUGCACUUGGUCUGUAUUAUCCAACUGAUUCAUCAGUUGUUUCAUACUUAAUCGAUGGAACUGCUCAUUGUGCUGAUAUGUAUCCAGCUAGAGAUGCCGAUGUUCCAGGGCUCAAGGUUGUCAGAGAUCUCGUCGAUCAAAAUAUUGCUAAAUGGUUGAAUCAAUCUCCAGCCACUGGAGCAACCCAGAUACCUGGAACUGGUUCAACAGCUAAACCAGGGACUGGAUCAACUUCUCAACCUGUAACAGCUUCAACUGUUCAGGCUACAACUAAAUCUACCUCAUCUGCUACUAUUACCUUGUCAUUCAUUGCCAUUUUCGCUAGAUAUCUUUUGUAAAAUUUAUUUGCAUUAUGAAAUUGUUUUAUUUUUAUGAAUUAUAUGAUAAUGUAUUAUAUGAUAAUAUAUACUACUGUUCCUACCACUUUUCUGUAAUGAAAAAUAUGUUCUGGAAA